AUGAAUAAUACAGUAAUCGAUAGUUUCGCAUCAAAUAAUGAUGCUACGAAUAAUCAACAAACAGCAUCAUUUAUAUUAGAUUUGCGUUUUUUCCUUGUUCGAAUAUUUUAUCCAUCUUUGCUAAUAUGGGGUACUAUUGGUAAUUCCUUAUGUUUACGCGUAUUGCUAAGUAAAAAAUUUUAUCAAAAUUCAACCUGUCAAUAUUUGGCUGUAUUAGCUGUUAUUGAUAUUUUAUUUAUUGUCAUGCGUUCAAGUAAACAUGUUUAUAAGCUAUUUCGCGAUACAACAAUAUUUAAUACAUCAAAAUGGAUGUGCCGUAUAUUAACCUUUUUUUCAUCAGCGCUUGCACACAUGGGAUCAUGGAUAUUAGUUAUUGUUAGUUUCGAUCGAUAUUUUAUAGUAACAAGUCGUUAUCGACGACGUAGUUCAUCAUUCCAUCAGGUUUUAUGUUCAACAAGUAUACUUAUUGCUAUUGUGGUUUUAUGCAAUAUUUAUUAUUUCUUUAUACUUGGUCGAUCAGUAACAUUAGGAAAAUUUGGUAUACAAGAUCAACGGCGUUUUAUCCACCGAUUAUUAAUGCAGUCAAAUGAAACAUCAAUUAAUUCAACUCAUUCAUUAAACUAUCCAUCGUCGGAUUUAUUCCGUUAUAAAACUUCAUCUAUAUUUGUUUGUAUACCAAGUACUCGCUUUGAAAUUUUUUUUCGCACAUAUAUACCGAUCUUCGACAUAUUACUUGUUGCUGCUAUUCCAUUUUUACUUCUUUGUUUUACUAAUAUCGGUAUUAUUACAUUUACCAUGCGUAAUAAUCGUCAAAUGCGCCAACAUCGCAAACGUGCACAUCGUCGACAUCAACGUUUAACAAUUAUGCUUCUAUCUGUAACUCUUGCAUUUAUUGGUUUAACAUGUCCAUCAGUAAUAUUUAUUUGUGUUAAUAAAAUAAUUUAUUCUGGACGUAUAUUAACUGAACGAAAAGAUAAUUUAAAUGCAGAUGCUAAUAUUCGUCAACCAUCACAUGUCCAAUUAAUAGUUGACAUAUGUGAAGCAUUAUGGUAUACGAAGCAUGCAAUGAAUUUUAUUUUAUAUACAUUAAAUGGACAAGAUUUUCGGCGUGAAUUUUUGAAAUUAUUUACUCAAUGUUUUACUCGUCGAUCAACUGCAGUUAGAAAAUUGUUAAAUAAAACUCAAACAAGAACAUCAAUCGAUGAGUCAACUAUUGAUACGCAAUUACGUGUUACUAAUAGGCAAAGUAAAAUAUUUCACGAAAUAAGAUCAAAUGAACAACCCAUUGCUGAUAAUGAUGAAAUAUCAAGUGCAAUAUUUGUUAAUUCAAAUUCUGUACAUAGUAAAUCGGUAACCGAUGAUAAGUACAUUUGA